AGAAAACGACCUUGCAUUUGCAAUUCCCAGAUCAAAAACAGAAAAUAGCUACUAUUUAAUUUCCAAUUAACAAGUUUUAGGGUUUUGAAUUUGAUUUUCCUUUUACAAUGGCUGCGAUUUACAGUCUCUAUAUAAUCAAUAAAUCGGGGGGUUUAAUCUUCUAUAAGGAUUAUGGAUCAAAGGGACGCAUGGAUACGAAUGAUAGCUUGAGAGUAGCUAGUUUAUGGCAUUCGAUGCACGCGAUCUCACAGCAACUAUCGCCUAUCAAUGGUUGUUCGGGAAUUGAGCUACUUGAAGCUGAUACAUUUGAUCUCCAUUGUUUUCAAUCCCUUACUGGGACGAAGUUCUUUGUGGUCUGCGAAACUGGAACACAGCACAUGGAGGCUCUCUUGAAAGUCAUCUAUGAGCUCUACACGGAUUAUGUCUUGAAGAACCCCUUCUAUGAGAUGGAGAUGCCUAUACGUUGUGAACUCUUUGACAUCAACCUGACACAGGCAAUACAAAAGGAUCGUGUUGCGCUGUUGGGACGAUGAAACUGUCCUUGAACUGGUACCAAAUCAAAUUCCCACCUCCUAUAUUUGUACAUUUUCGAUGCCCGUCUGCUUUCUAGUUUGAAUCAGCAAUGUUAAUGUUAUGUCUAUUAGACCCCUGCUCUCAAUUCAUGAAUGCUGUGUGAUUUACAGCAUUGUUCAACUUUGAAAA